ACAUAUUUAUAUGCACUUUCUUCUAGUUUUAGAGUGACAAAACAGAUUUGAAUUGAAGAACAGAUCCAUCAACCCGUCAGAAAAUAAAUGGAUUAGAGACCCAACGCAGGAGGAAGAAGGCGAGUGGCGAUCACCUUUGGUCACCUACGGAGACAACACCCACAGCGCCGGCGGCGAGCCACUGAGAACGACGACUCAGGAUCUGUUUUUACAAGAAUCUUAGAAUUUAUUUGGUUGACACAAGCAGCCCAAUGGACAGCGUAGUUGAUUCUCUGAAUAAUGCCUAUCAAGAUUUUGUUACUGCUGCUGCCAAUGUGUUAGAAGCCAAAGAAAAUGCUGGUUCCGUUAAAACAACAGCAACAGAUACUGCUCUAGAGAACUUUAGGCAGAAGUGGGAAUUGUUCAGAGUAGCAUGUGAUCAAGCUGAGGAAUUUGUGGAGUCUGUGAAGCAAAGGAUAGGAUCAGAGUGUCUGGUGGAUGAGGCAACAAGGCCUGUGGCAGGAAAACCUGGACAAGCUACUAUGACUGGUCUUCCUCCCAUAAGUGCAGUUCGGUUGGAACAAAUGAGUAAAGCAGUUCGAUGGCUUGUCAUUGAAUUGCAGCAUGGUUCUGGAGCUACUUCUGCUAAUUCAGCUCUUUCCCAUCCCUCAGCUCCAUUUGAUGCCAGGUUUUCUGAAGAUGCUACUCAAUAGCAUUAACGUAACUUUGAUGAUUAAUGUUAUAAAUUUCUCUCUAUGCUGAUCUUUCUUAGGGUAUACUGCUUUAGCCUCUCUGUUAAGCUGUUAAAGAAUGCAACUUAUGUGCAUUGUGCAUCUCUGACAACAUUCCUUAGUUUUAUGUUUUGGUGAUAAUUAAUGUAUUUUACUUUAUCCUACAAAUUAUCAUGAGUUCCACUAUGAAUUUAUUAAACACUA